ACUAGAGGAGAAAGCGUUGGAGAUAGACAGAGGGAGGGGAUGCAACGAGAGCAACGGAGGUGAAGACGUUUUUUCGAAGGGAGACAAAGAUACACUCUGCUAUAAAUGCUCCAUUCAGCGACAGGGGAAUAAUAACAGCAGCACGAGAGGGACGGACGGGGGACGACGCAGAGAAGAUGGAUGUACAGACAGAGAACAUGGACCCCUCGCCUUGUGAAUCAAGUGGAAAAAUUCGCAAAGGAUUCAAGUUGUUUGGCAAACGCAAGCCUGGUAGCAUCUUUUCUAUUAAAAACAACAAAUCACCCGUUACCAGGAGCCAAACCCUUGAUGGAUUACCAGACGGCGCUGCACCUGAUUCAGAGUCUGAGGCGGACAAGGAGAAGGCGCAGGGGGUGAGUCAAGGAGACGGCGAGCAUACAGAGGAGGAGCUGACGGGUGAGAUGGCUGCUGCUCGCAACUCCAUUUCUUCAACCGGCUCGGCCAAGUCCCUCAGUUUUUUUUCGCGGCUGAGAGGGGCCCGUAGAGGAGGCGGGGACCGCAGAGUCCAGACUGUUUCCCAGCCGGUGUGUCGGCAACGGCCAGGGCUGAAGGGUCUCUUUGGCAGCGUGAAGUUCCGCUCGAAAGACAAGGAGGACAAAGUGGACGCUCCCCCAAGCCCACUCCUCAUGUCCUCUCGCUCCAACAGUGUGGAAAUCAUCAAAGAGGACCUCAGCCUCACCCCUAAAUCUCAUCCUCGCUCUCUAGAGAGCCCUGAGAAAGCGAGCAGCGAGGCCACUCAGGGCUCCCCGACAGCAGCAGGUGAUAUGAGGGAUGGGAAUGUGGCACCUGCGCUUCCUGGUGAGAGCAGCCUGGGCUCCUUGCUGGAGGACAUUUCCUCUCUCCUCACCUUUGAGUCCAUCUCAGGAGGAGACAUCAUGGCAGACGUUGAGGCAGAGUGGGGGAAAGCCCGAUGUGCCGCCAGUUUGGAAGCACCUGAGUUCUCAGCGUCAACCACUUCUCACAUCUCCAGACAAGCUGCCGCCUCUCCACCAACCUCCACUUCUUCACCUGCAGCCGCCCCCACUUUAACCUCUUCUUCUGUUGCAACACCAAUCCUGAGCACUUUUACCAAAUCCUCCACACUGACCAUUCAGGCGAAUAAACCAAGCUCAGACUCUACUCCAACCUUUGAGCAGCCUUCCACUGGAAUUACAAUAAAAUCUGCUAACAUUAAACCUUCAUUUCCUCCGGUGACAUCAACAACUCCCCCAAAAAUGUCCACCCCUUCAGCAACAAUGGUGCCUACUACUACCACUCUGAUUAACCAGACCUCUGUGGACAAGACAAACCUUAACUCAUCUGUUGGCAAACUGGCUUCAUCAGACACAGCAGCACCUCAUCCUCAAGGCAUCACCUCAGUAAGUAAGCCUCCCCCUGUAGCUACCCCACCUCUUCUCCCACCCGUUAAACCCCCAACCCAAAGUCCACCCGCCCCUGCCAGUUGGCAAACUUCCUCUUACACCAAACCUCAAAGUGUAUCUGCAAAGAUUGAAUCUGCUCUCAAUACCGUACCUCCUUUCAUUUCCACUAUAACAACGGUUACGCCAUCAGUGCCAGCUGUUUCUAUACCUGCACAGUCGGGGAUGCCUAGUAAAAACUCCAUCCCUCCAGAUUGUACCCCACCUGAGACUAGCCCACCCAUGGCUAAACAGACUCUUGUGUCUGUUGAUACCACUAGUCAUGCAAGAGGACAGAGUCUAGUCUCCCAGUCCAAAACCCCCUCUAUACCUGUGACUGUAUCUAAAGACCCCCCUGUUCCUGCAUGCAUUCCGGUGUCUGUAGCUGCUCUGUCUGGCGUGCCAACUCCUAUUGACCCUCCUAUAGACCCCCCUGCCCCGGCCCAUGUUGCAGUUCCAGCAUAUAAAAGCCCUCCUACCCUGACCCAUGUUCCAGUUCCAGUGUCAAAAAGUCCUCCUGCAUUGACCCACGAUCCAGUUACAUUGUCAAAAAUGACUCCUUCCCGGGUCCAUGAUCCAGUUGCAGUGUCAAAAAGCCCUCCUGUUCCAGCGCAGAUCCCAGUUACUUCACCCAAAUCCCCCCCUGCCCCUGUCACUUCCCUUCCUACAUCCCCUGUGCCUUUGCCAAGUGAAGCUGCAGCAUCUAACAAGAUGACAGCAAGUGAGGCAAGUGAGCCAACAAAUGGGCACUUGUCUAGUCCGAGUAGCACAGAUGCAGAAGGUGCCAAAAUGGAUGAACAGCUUAAUGGGUCACGCAUGGACCCCUCCAAAGAAAGGAGGACACAAGUAAAGGCACUAAGCAAAAUUCCUGUAGUUGGAGGAGGCCGAGCAGGAAAGCAACCAGUACGGGACAGCCAACACGCUGAGGAUGACUCAAGCAGAGACCCACCUACUCCUGUGCUAGAACAGGACAGGCCUCUCUUGGACUUCCAUGAUACAGAGAGCAGAGACAAAGGUGUCAGUGUUGAGGUCCAUGUGCCCAUCACUAAACCCAGCCAGGAGGGGAGUCAGCUGCCUCACCAGUCCAAACCCUUCACCAAUGUACCACGUGACUCCAAGAUCCCCGUCAAGCACGGCGUCUCUCAAAUCCCGCAAGCUAAAGAAGUCCCUCGCACCAAGAUACCCGUCUCCAAGGUGCCGGUCCGCAGAGCUGGGAAUAAACCGACAGCUACUAGUGUUACACGAAAAUAAUAAUUCUUGUGACAUCCCCCUCCCCUUUUAACGUCACUACUCUACAUGUUGGUUUGUCAUCUACUGGCUUCACGAGACAACACAAAGGAAAGACGCCAGCACUUGAGCACAAACAUCUCCACAAGCCUGACUGGCACUCAGGAAAGGGUCAGGGUUGAACACGCAGCAAGCAACAAGGUCAAACGUUGUGGUGCAGGAACAGGAACUGGUUGGGUGAUUUUCCUACAGACUUUAAUUCAGCCUUUUCUACAGUAUUUUAAACUUUUGUUACACAUGCUUUUUGCAGAGGACGUCAAAUCCUACCUUUUGUUCUCUGUUGAUAUCCAGAGCAGCUCCAAAAUACUGUAUACAUUCCACACCUAUCUCUGAUGUAUGUAGCAGAAAAUGUGCCAUUUUCUUUGUUUUUGCACUGGUCCCGAUGUACAUGCCCUUAUGUGUUUGCCUGCGCCAAUGUAACGUGGCUACAUCACAAAGGGAGAGCGUUUUGAAAGAGGACAUGGAAGUGACUCAGUCGGCGGCCAUUAUGAAUGGCUCAGUGGACGUUUGAGAGGAUGCAGAGAUGAGGCCUCUGCCUCGUGUAUGGACUCAUAUCCUCAUCCCACUUAUACUCAGAUGAUCUGUGUGCAUAGUCUUAUCUAUGUGGUUUCCUAUUUAAUCAAUAAAAUGAUAUGUGUACUUAGAAAGCGGACAUCUGUUUGACUGAAAUUUAAAGCAGGGUUUAAGAUGAAGUAGGAAUGGCUUUUCAGCUCAUUUAAUAUGGAAGGAUGACAAUGCUGUCACUGACUAUAAAAAUGAGAGCAUAGGAAUAUUUCCGCCGUUCAAAUCCCAGCAUGGCUUCACUGUGACCUCCUCACAGGAGACAGCCUGCACGCUACAAGCUCACUGACCUGAAUAGAAGGCACAAGUAUCAUGCAUAGCUUGUUAACACGAAGGAGGGGGUGCAAAUCGGUGUUGUUGCCAUUUGCGGUGUGUAAUGCAUCUCUGUCAAAACGAUGCAAACAUUCUGCAAGGAGUAAAAUUAUGAUGGAUUUUGAUAGGAUACACGGGGUGUUUUCAUUUGUGGCCCCCCUCCAAAUGCUUUAGAAGACAGCAAGCACACAUGUAAUGCAGAUAUCCACAUAGAUUUAGAACCACUGGGCAAAUGGUCAGUGACAUCUGAGCAAUGAGUUCGUGUCAGACAUUUUGCUUGAUGGCAGUUUUUCAACCAGUCCCCUCAUGGUGUAAACUACAUUUAGUGGUAUUGGACUAAACACCUUAAAGUUACAGUGGGUGUUUUGAAGAGCGCGCUGAGUUGUGUGAGAAAUUUCAAGUCGAUCCGACUUAUGGGGUCGCGCGCGGUUUAAUAACAGCGCCGUCAUGUGGUGUGUUUGUCAGAAAAAUACUAGCACCAGCAACAAAGUAGAGGUGCAUGUUUUGACCACUUUUCACCCUUUUGUGUGCAGCAGUUCAGGAGUGGAAGAGUUAGCUAACACACUAAAAAUAGGACACUGUAGAUGUGUUGAAACUCAGAAGACAUGUUGCUGCUUGGAGUUGAGAGUUAGGGUUUUUUUCCAAGAAGAUAGGGUGCAUCACACAGAACAGUGAAGGGCUAGCGAAUGGCUAUUAAAGCUAUUUAAGAGCAUGUAGAAAUAAUCGGAAGCAAUCAUAAUUAUAUUACACACUUAGGAAAUGGAUGGCAUGAUCCCUUUUGCGGCUUGGAAUAGGAAACUCAUUUGAAAAGGUUCACUGAAUGCAGCCUUUUGUCCAUAACCAUUCACAUGAUAAUACCUCUUCCACGCUUAUAAAUAAUAACGACAACCGCCUUUAUGGCCGCAGAACACACUGAAGAGUUAACUUUUGAGUUACAUCGCAUGAGCUUUCUUAGACAAUAAGGUGUUUGUGUGUUUGUUCCCAGUGUGAUGCACCCACAAUGCACUGGGACGGCCACCCUGGUGCAUCGAGUGGAUGCGUAUGUGUCUGCAUCUGCCUCUGGAGAGCCAUGUGCCUCUUUAGAGCCUAAUUUAGCAUGCUUCAUUCUGUGUUUCUAUGCCAACCCCACAAGGUCAACCAAUAGGAGAGGUGUGUGAGCAACAGUGGGAGGAGUUUUUUUAAACAUGAGUGCCUUCCUUACUUUAGCACUAAAAAGACACUUGCAAAGUGGAAUGACUGUAUUGAAAUAUAACAAUUAAACACGUACUUUAAUCUCAUUUAGGGGGUGAAAUUGGCCUAAUUGUGUUUUUGUAUCCAGGUUAAGGUUACUGUAUACUGAUCAUUAUUAUAUUUGCCUGGAGCAAGUAAUACACAAGUCACGCCAGGGCAGUAAACCUACUAACUCAUGCGCGCAUUCAUUAGGCACAUUGUAUUUAUGCCUGAGUUGAUCAAGGCCAUUAUGUUCUUUACAUGUGACGGGAUGCUUAAUACAAAUCACUGACACUAACGCAAAAUGUAAAAAUGUUAUUUAAUGUUAUUUAAUGUUCCCAGUUUUCAUGGGAAAGUGAUUUUUAAUUUUCCACUACAAAAAACACGACUUAAUGUCGACUCAAGGCAGUGUGGUAUAGAAACAAUGCAAUUUCCCCAAAUAAAAUUCUUAUUAAAAAGUAUUUAUUUUCAUUUUUUUGAAGACACAAAAUGUAAAAAAAAAAAAAAAAGUACUGUAUUGUGCAAUACAAAAAUAUAUAAAUGUGAUGUACAACUCACAUACAAGAGCAUACUGAUAUUAAACGGGGGCAACAGACACAUUUUGUCUUUUUUACUGCUCAAUGACAGAUGGAUGAAAGCAUUACGUCAUUUUGGUGCAAUAAAUCUCGCACUGAGGGCCCCUGCUGGUGAAAAAUAAUACUGAUAAAAUAAUACUUUGCAUGACCUCAUCACAUUGUGUUAGCAGCCUCUGUAACAGCUAGAGGGCGCUAUUUGUCGUACUCGGAAGACUGGCAGCAGCAAUCACACUCGAUGGAGGGUACCCAAAUUAAAUAAACAUAAAGCCAAAAAUAACCAUUUAAAAUAAUGAAUUUAAAGGCGAAAUGAUUUAAUUGAGCAUCAAUUAAUUAAAUGAAUUGUGACACAUGAUAUUUAAUAAUGAUAGUGAAACUAUUUGGUAAUUAUUUCAUGACCAGUUCAUGCCUUUUUAAAUGGCUUGGCAUUUUUAGGAAUCUGUCAAAGUCACCCAUCAAAGAAGUGGAGGGCGGAAUCAGUGGUCUGAUUGGUUUAAUUGCAACGUAAGUCAAUAAUAAUAAUAAUAAUAACGUGUAUUGGCCAGAAAAUAAAUAAUUAAUGAAUAGUUUC